AUGAAUUGCUCCAUCUCCGGCGAAGUUCCGGAAGAGCCCGUGGUAUCCAGGAACUCCGGUCUCCUCUUCGAGAAGCGUUUGAUUGAGCGACACAUUUCGGAUUAUGGGAAGUGUCCAAUUACUGGCGAACCACUUACUAUGGAAGACAUUGUACCAAUCAAGACAGGCAAGAUAGUGAAGCCCAGACCUGUUCAGGCAGCUAGUAUUCCUGGCAUGCUGGGAAUGUUCCAAAAUGAAUGGGAUGGGUUGAUGCUAUCUAAUUUUGCAUUGGAGCAACAAUUGCACACCGCAAGGCAAGAGCUAAGUCAUGCUCUGUAUCAGCAUGAUGCUGCCUGCCGAGUGAUUGCUAGACUUAAAAAGGAACGAGAUGAAGCUAGGUCUUUACUUGCACAAGCAGAAAGACAUUUCCCUGUUUCUGCACCAAUUGCUGCAACUGCAAAUGCCCCUGUUCUGAGCAAUGGGAAAAGAGCUGCUGAGGAUGAGGACCUGGCUCCUGGUGCCAAGAAAAUUCAUCCUGGAAUAUCUUCUAGCAUAAUUUCUGAGUUAACUGAUUGCAAUGCUUCUCUUUCCCAGCAGAGAAAGAAGAGACAGAUUCCUGCCACUCUGGCUCCUAUUGAAGCUCUAGAGUCAUAUACCCAGAUAUCUAGUCAUCCCUUUCACAAAACAAACAAACAGGGCAUUAUAUCUCUUGAUAUCCUUUAUUCUAAGGCAUGGCUUUUAAACAUUGACUUGAUUGCAACUGGAGGUAUUGAUACAAAUGCUGUUAUUUUUGACCGACCAUCAGGACAGAUAUUAUCUACGCUUAGUGGUCACUCUAAAAAGGUGACCAGUGUAAAGUUUGUAGCUCAGGGGGAAUCAUUCUUAACUGGUUCAGCAGAUAAGACAGUUCGUCUUUGGCAAGGGUCAGAUGAUGGUAACUAUAACUGCAGACACAUCUUAAAAGAUCAUACAGCUGAGGUGCAAGCUGUCACUGUCCAUGCAACCAAUAAUUAUUUUGUGACUGCUUCACUUGAUGGCUCUUGGUGCUUUUAUGAACUUUCUUCAGGGACAUGUUUGACCCAGGUUUUCGACUCUUCAGGUUCUUCUGAAGGCUACACUUCCGCAGCUUUUCAUCCUGAUGGUCUCAUCAUUGGAACUGGGACCACUGAAUCUCUUGUUAAGAUUUGGGAUGUAAAAAGCCAGGCAAAUGUUGCUAGGUUUGAUGGACAUAUUGGGCCAGUAACCGCCAUAUCUUUUUCUGAGAACGGAUACUUCCUUGCGACUGCUGCUCAUGAUGGUGUUAAGCUUUGGGAUCUACGUAAAUUGAAGAACUUCAGGAAUUUUGCUCCAUAUGAUUCAGAAACACCAACAAACUCUGUGGAGUUCGACCACAGUGGAUCCUACCUUGCAAUUGCUGGCUCUGAUAUAAGGAUUUACCAAGUUGCAAAUGUGAAAUCUGAAUGGAACUGUGUUAAAACCUUCCCUGAUUUAUCCGGAACAGGUAAGGCCACGUGCGUAAAAUUUGGUGCAGAUUCUAAAUAUAUAGCUGUUGGAUCAAUGGACCGGAAUCUUCGAAUAUUUGGCUUGCCGGCGGCUCCUGCUGAGUCAUAA